AAUAAAGAUCGAGUGUCGAGCGGUCAUACGAAAAUUUGCCUUGUAAAGUGGAAACUGGUUACUGGUAUCAAGUCAAACUACAUCGAGACGAUGAAGACGCUUCUGGUGUUUGCACCCCAAGAGUUUUGCAGAGAAAAGCCAGGUUGUAUGUACGGCUUUGUGUCCCAUGAGGCAAACGAAAACGAGCAGCUCACCAAAUUCAUGAUCCUGGGGUGCACGGAUUCCGUGAAGAGCAUCAACAGGACUGGCAUACACGUGCCCCUGGGUUACUUCCACGGUACCGAGAAAAAAUGUGAGUACUGGGAUAAGAGGCUGCCCCACUGGAUAGAAUUGUAUCUCGCUGAGCAAACGUCCACCAGCACUUGUAAUUACGAGUAUGGAUUGAGAAACGUGAUACUGGAAAAUCAGAAAGUUUCGCUUGACAGCUGCCACACUGUUUUAAUUGUGUACGACAGACAAUGCUUUUUGAGGGCAGAGUUGUAUACCAGUAAGAUGCCCAGGGAUCACUUGACAGAGUUGAGAGACGUGCUGAAGAAAGAGGCUGCGAGAGAAGAGAAGAAUAGACUGCACAACACUUUCCUAGCAAAUUUUAAAGAAUUUUUUUUUUUGCUUCUAGUGCUUGCAUUACUCAAACCUGUCUCGUUUUUUUGUCAAAUUAGCAAAUUUAUGAAUCCAGUGUUCAAGUAUUCGUCGUUGGGAUUGCACUUGACUGAAUGGUUUCAAAACGCCAAAUGGACUUUGACGACACUUUUGCAGAGCAAAAGACUUACACUAAAGACUACGAAUUAUAUCUUGGCUAUAAUUAUUGAUAUUGUGUUGGGGCACCUGUUUUUGAAGUUACUUUUGCAUUUUUUGGGGAGUACUUCAAGGUUCGAAAUUCUUGUAAACCACGCAGGAAGAGUGGUCGAGUCAUUAAAAGGGCUCGUGAACUGGUUGAUGGGAUCCCCAGCUGGAUUGAAGUUGAAUCCACCUUUUAAUAAUGUAUUAGGAAAAUUUUUCUUGUAUCAUAUACACCUUUGGUGGGCAUUUCUAAAUGUGUCCAAACCAAUGAUGGAGUUAGCUAUUGAUGUAAUUUUGUUCUUUGGUAGAUUUGGUAUUACCUUUCAAAUUUCCAUUGUGGCCGAUCUUUUGGCACUAGUUAGUUUUCACACGUAUUGUAUUUAUGUUUAUGCUGCAAGACUGUUUAAUAUACAAGUUAGAGGGUUGAUAGCACUUUUCAGAUUAUUUCUUGGAAAGAAGAAAAAUCCUCUUAGAAAGAGAGUUGACUCUUGUAAAUAUCAACCUGAUCAACUAUUUGUUGGUACUUUACUUUUCACAAUACUUCUAUUCCUAAUGCCCACAACUUGGGUAUAUUAUUUUGUCUUUACAGUUCUUAGACUUAUAAUGAUAGGACUUGGAGGUCUUCUAACAAGGUUGAAGUUUUACUUGCAAAUUAUGCCAGUAUAUGCUUUCUUCAGAUGGCUUUUCAAGACUGUUGAUGCAACUGGCUCAAUAGGAAUAGAGUUAGUAGACAGACAAAAUCAGGGUCUAAUUGUGUUGAAGACAAAAGCCAUAAUUGUACCAUGGAAUGAAACAUGGAAAAAAUCAAUUCCAGAUUUAAUCAGUAUUUAUUUACCAAUUGAGUGGAAUAAAAUUGUCAGCAACGUAUUUUGGGGACAACUUUUGUAUCCAUUCUAAAUGUAAUUUGAAAGAAAAAAAAAAAAAAGUUCCUGUUGAAUGUACAAAGGUGGAUUUGAAUUUGUAGAAUAAAACUUUUUUUUA